CUAUAAGUUCAGAUAAUAGGUGAGAGCCGGGGUCUCGACGAAAAAGCAUCUGCGGUGCAUUUUAAAUGAAAGACACAAAUUCACUGCAUUAAAUUACUCCACCGCUUUACAUCUGCUUUAUUUUUUGUUGAUUAUAUUUCAUUUUCAAGAUAAAACAAUACCCUCUUGCAAAUUUUAAUCAAAAAAACAGUUUGUAUAGUCUUUUUUUAAAAAAUUAAUUGCUCGUAAAAUAAUUUCUUAAGUGUAAAAAUUCUAAUUUUUGUACAUUUUUCACGCGAAUGAAUUUAAAUUGUUACAACUUUGGUUACAUUGAUUCAAUUAUUUGCUCAAGAUCAGAUUAACAUAAGAAUUUUGAUUAGCCUAUCAGAUAGAAAAGUUCUUUUCAGCUUUAAUUGAAUCUGGACUAUAAUACUACUAAUAAUCGUUUUCGAAUGGUCAGUUUUGAAGUUAUUCAAUAAUUCAGUUGUUUUGCUGUUUUACUUGUACAUUUUCAAUUUUAUUUGGCGCAUCAAAAAUUAUUUAUGAACAACUAUUCAGCCAGGUAUUCACUCAGCGAUUAUGGCAGAAAUCAUAAAAAAGCAAAAAAAUUAAUUUAGGCGGAGUUGAGACGUCUAUAAACAUACCGACACUCAAUAAACCAUUCUUUGAUAUUUUGGCAAAAAAAUCGGGAUUUCGUUGGAGAAAAGUCGUUUGAGAAAAACAACAGGUGUUGGAAUAGCGUGAUAUAUCACAACAAAGAGAAUUGGGAGGGGUCGGUUAAUCUACCUUUUUAACAAGUACAACUGGACAAAGGCGACAUCUCUGAAGUAUGCUAAGGGAUCAAUUCUCAUAACCGAACUCAAAAAAAUCUUCUCAUUGCCUUUAUUUUCAAGGAUUAUCUUGUCAGAAUUGAUCAAUUGGAAAGAAGAAUACAUCCAUUUUUUCAUUGUUAUCAUCGACUUAAUAACCACUUACAAAGACUCUUAAUUAACAUUGCGGUUUAUCUUUGAUUGAGUCUUCAAGGCAGCUACACCAGUAUCCACCAUACUUUUCUGCGAAGUAUGAAGACUAGACGAUGCCCAUUGGCUUUUUUUCUGAUAUCACUUUUCAUUAUUCAACAUGGAUCUACCCAAUCAGAAGACGACAUCUCAACCGAUUACGCAAUCGAUGGCGAUUACGCAAUCGAUGGAGACUACGGAAAGUUCCUACUCGCCGAUAGUUCCGAUGUGCAGAGCAGUAGGCGUUACAUGAGUAGUAUGUCGCCUGAAAUCAUCAACCAGCCUGCACAGGAAAUUGUGUAUGAGGCAUCUAAAGGGGUCAUGCUAGAAUGUGUGACCAAAUUAGCCCACACACAGCUCACCUGGCGUAUGGCAGAUGGGUUCACCCAAGUCAAUGACGUCAUAGGGUCACGUGCCAUCCUUCCAAACUCCAGUCUGCACAUCGGACCCUUCUCGGACAGCAGUCGGUUCUCGCCCGACAUUCACAACACCACUUACCACUGUGUGGCCAUGAACCCUUUCGGCUCAGUGAUCAGUCUGCCAAUUAGCAUCACACCCUUGUUUGGGGCGAGUGUGAACGACUGGGCCCUGGAAGUGGACUCAGUUACCACCCAACUGGGUUCCUCCGCCCUCUUCACCUGCAGAGUGCCCCCUCAUGUGAGGCCAUAUGUGGAUGUAGUCGACUGGCUACACGACUUGGACCACAGUGGAGGUCGGUAUGAGUUCACGUCUAGAGGACAGUUAUACAUUAGGCACGUGACUCAACACGACAACAUGCAGAGAUUCAAGUGUCACGCAAUCCACAGAGUGACGAAGGUGAAGAAAUACAGUCCAGCUGCUAGACUUCAGAUUCACGCUGUAACUGAAAGAGCUCCGAGGAGUUACGAGUCCCAACUGAGCCGAUCUGUCCGCACAGUCGAAGCGCAAGUGGGCGACUACGUCAAACUAGUCUGCUUCGUUCGCUCCUCGCUUCCCGUUUCGUUCACGUGGAAGCAGGGAAGCAGGACGCUGGAUGCCACUUCGGAUGUUCUCGUAUUGCCGAAUGCUCAAGUCGGGCAGAGUGGCACUUACACGUGUACUAUGCAGAACGACCUGGGAGCGGACUCGCUGCAUUAUUUUGUAUCUAUAGAAGAUCCUCUCAAGUUAGUCGACCAGUCGAGUUUCAUAAUAGAGGCCGAACUGAACAAACCACUCGAACUGAAUUGCACUCUGAGAGGCACGAGGUUACAAGAGGUAAAAUGGUUCCGAGAUGCUACUUUGGUGCAGCAUAUUCCGAAGACAUCGGAACCAGUUACGAGACUAAGAAUUGCCAGUGUGCAAAUUGAGGAUUUGGGCAUAUAUCAGUGUUUUGCUCACAGCUCCAGUCAAAAUGUAGGCGGAAGAAUCCAAGUUGUACUGAAAGAAACACCUGCCGAAAUGACAGGCGUCUUCAGCACCAAAAUAUCAAGUGUAAAUUCUCCGGUCACUCUUGAAUGCACUGCUUUCGGGAGUCCCCUUCCCGAAAUCACGUGGUUCAAAAACUUCAAACCCAUCUACCCUCUGAACUACGAAUACCUAAGCGACUACUUGGGCAAAGAAGCCGACAGGAAGUCGGCCUACGACCCCGAACGGACCAAUUUCCGAACGAUAACUAUGUCAGCGUACAGUGUGAAAAGUGCGAUCACAUUUCCGAAAGUGCAAUUAACCGACAGUGCUUUUUAUACUUGCAAGGCGUUCAAUAAAGCUGGUGUUGAUGAAUACACAGAGAAAGUCUACGUCAAAGGUGGUCCUCUGAUCGAGGAAAUGGAGAAUGAGAUUGCGGUUGCCAAGCGACAGUUGCUACUGCACUGUUUUGUCGCCGGAUACCCUAUCAAACAGAUAUCUUGGGUGUACAAACACAAUUCUUCAUUCUUCGACGAAACUUCCCAGAAAUGGUAUUACAGAAGUCAGAAACUACCCUACAAUCAUCGGCAAGCAGUGCAUCAAAACGGAACCCUGGAAAUAAACUCGGUCACCCAAGAAGAUGCUGGCCAGUAUGAAUGUCGUGCCGAACCCGACCAGCAGGACUCGUCUUCUUCGGGUUCUCCGAUCCGAAUGCUCGGCACUGCCUCGGCAACUGUUUCCGUAACUGUAGCUUUCGCACCCGAAAUAUCACCGGUUGAUCUGGGUGAGCGUACCGCUGGACAGAGGUUCACGGCAACAUGCGUCGCGAGUGUAGGCGAUCCUCCGAUUCAGAUGUCGUGGUACAGAAAUGGACAAUUAAUUGACUCGUCCAAUAAUUACGACAUCAAACUUCUUUCUGCAGACGCUAUGAGUAUAAUGAGCAUUGAUUCUCUCGCUUCGUACCAGUCAGGGACUUACACGUGUCAAGCAAUAAACUCAGUUGGAACCGCAACAUACUCAGGGUAUCUGGCCGUCUUGGAACCCCCAAAGUUCCAACACGAGCCGAAAAAUUCCCAAGUUGUACUUGGAAAGCGAAUUGAAAUUCCUUGUGCUACAAUCGGGAACCCAAAGCCGAAGGUAAAAUGGAUGCGACAAGUGAAUGACGUCAUUUCGAGUCGUGUCGUAGAGUACAUUGAGAUCAAAGACGACACAAACUCGGAAUUCGGAGAUGAAACGAGAAACAACUCAAAUGUGGACUAUGUUGUAUCUUCAGCAAAUGGAUCCUUGAUUAUCCAUAAGGCAAAAGUGGAUAUUCAAGGAGUGUAUAUGUGUCAAGCUUCGAAUGGAAUUGGUAGUGAUAUCAGCAAGAGCGUCAAACUUACAGUCAACAUCCCUCCCUAUUUUGGACCCUCCAACUCUGAAAUGUCAGUCACUCUCGGGUCAUCAGUUGUGCUCACCUGUGAAGUAUUCGGCGACAAACCAAUGAGUGUCAGAUGGGGAUCGAUUGACCCCUCUCUUCAUGCACUACUUGCAGAGGGCAAGAUAGUUCAGUCUAAAGGUCAAAAGGUCAAUAAAGAGCAGCAGUUGACAGAUGAUGACCUUGGACGCUUUUCAAGAGAGAUGAUCGGAAUUUCGGAACCUGUAUCUUCUACAAUUUCUCAUUUAACUAUUUCCGAAAGCAAACGAGUGGACACUGCAACUUACUUCUGCGAAGCCUCAAAUACAUUCGGAAAAUCAGUCUACAAUAUUUCACUCGUAGUUUUAGAAAUGCCGGACAGUCCUCGGAACCUGAAAUACUCGAAAGUGACAAGUGAUUCGGUCUCGUUCUCGUGGGAGAAGCCGUUUAACGGGAACUCGCCUCUGAUUGGCUACCGAGUCAAGUACAAGACCAAAUAUGACUCCGAUUUCCAAGAGGAGAUUGUAGAUGCCAUGAAAACCAGAGUGCUGGUUUCUGGACUGCAUCCUGCCACUGGCUACUCGUUCUUUGUGGUAUCCGAAACAGCCCAAGGAGUGUCCAAACCAUCCAGGGUCGUCCAAGUCACCACAGCCGAAGCAGCUCCUGACGGGCCACCGGCCGACUUCUAUAUCAAAGUGCUAUCCUCGACAUCUGUGAAUAUUUCAUGGAAGAGUCCUGAUAUGGACAAUCGCAACGGGAAAAUCAUCGGCUAUGACCUGCGCUACAACAACACUCGACCAACACCCUCAACCCAACAACCCUCCGCUCCUACUGUAUCAAAUGCUCAACCCAUUUUCGUGACUGUCUCCUAUCCCCACAACGGAGUGUCGGUUGAGACGCAGACUGCAAAGAUAGAGUACUUGGACAAGUUCACCCAGUACUGUUUCGAGAUCAGAGCCAAAACCAGAGUUGGAAGUGGACCGUACACAGAAUCAAUAUGUGCCAGAACAAGAGAAGACGAAGAUGCAAAUAGAUUACCAGUGCCCUCCAAACCGCCUUCGAAUGUAGUGGUGGUGCCUGGACGCGAUUCCAGGUCUCUCUUUGUGUCUUUCGUUGGGAUCCCACUCCGAUAUGCUCACGGGGAUAUUAUGGGCUACAAAGUGAGCUACUCAAGAGUCGACUCAACAGACCAUGUACUGACAAAUCCCGAGUUGGUGAUUACGAAACAAAACCAAGUGAGCAUUGACGGUUUGACUCCCUAUACGAACUACAGCAUAAGCAUUCUCGGGUACACGACUGCCGGCGACGGAGUGGCGAGUGCUGCUGUGUACGCGACGACAGACCAGGACAAGCCGAGUAGUCCGGAGAAGAUCAAAGUGUUUAUGAAGAGUGCCAGUUCUAUUUUGGUGGUCUGGGCGGCGCCAUUAGAGCCGAAUGGAAUAAUCACGAGCUACAAAGUCUACUGUGAUAGAUACAGAACUCAGAACGGAGUGCGAACUGUGUUGGUGCGUCCGAACAAGGAUUCGUUGGAGGUCGAUGGUCUGCUACUGCUGGACGACUACAAAGUAUACGUGUCCGCUUUCACCUCGGCUGGGGAAGGACUUCCUUCAGCUCCCAUGAAGAUCACUAUCAACCAGAGGGUUCCCGCCAGAAUUGGCGCUUUUUCUCGAAAUGUGACUUCAAUUUGGAAACAGAACGUGCUGCUUUCCUGUCCUGUUUUCGGAAACCCCAAACCGGAAGUUUGGUGGUCCAAAAGCACCGACGAUGACGAUAUCAAUUCGCAAUCUACCCAAAUGCUGCUCAGUCGAGGAUCCGAGUCGAUGAUGUCGGAUAAACGUCGGGUUUUCACGAACAAUCAGAGUUUGCUGAUCGAACAAGCGGAAGAAACGGAUUCGGGAGUCUAUUCGUGUCAUGCGCAGAAUAAGUUUGGAGAUGACAAAAUAAGCAUUCGACUUACAGUACUCGCGCCUCCUCGGCCUCCUUCGCUCAAUCUCGAGUCUGUCUCGGUCGAUGACGUCACAGUCUCGUGGCACUCGGACGCCGACUCCAAAGUGACGUCAUACUCUGUUUACAUAUUACAAAAAUCUGCAGAAAAUGUCCUCCCAACGACUCUUUUCGCAUCAUCACGUGACAACAUUCAGGGUUCUCGGGAGGCGUUUUCGAUUGUGAGACAGGUGUUGGCCCCUCCCCCGAAGAGGUAUGCGAUCCAGGGUCUCAAAUGUGGCACCCACUACUCGGUGUAUGUUGUGGCCCAGAACCAAGUGGGCAUGGGAGACAAGAGCAACUUGGUCAAUGUCAAAACUGUUGGCGCUGCUCCAAAAGCGCCGUCAAAGUCGCAACUUCUGCUCGCUUCUAACGCCACUCAACUGACCUUGGAUCUGACCACGUACAGCAACCAGGGCUGCCCUAUUACGUCAUUUCAUAUCACGUGCACACCUAUGGACCGAAUUAAGUCAGGGUCCAAAAAAUCACGCCGCUCGACUUCGCACAAUUCUGGCGACGAUUCUUCUUUUAUUCGGGAACUAGAAUUGGAUGGAACUGAGAAAUUGGCGACGUUGCGUAGGUUGCAGCCUAAGGCGUGGUAUCUGAUUGAAGUUGUAGCGAAGAACAGUGCGGGAAAGACGGCAACCACGUAUAAGAUGGCGACCUUGACGCUAAGUGGCGAUUCGAUAGACCAUGAAUCGGAGACGGCGGCCGACACUUUCUCCGGCACUGUACUCAUGGCCUCAUCCGCCGUCCAUUUCCUGGGAACUCACUUAGUCCUAGUGGCCCUCAUUCUCUGCUCAAUAUCCCUUCUGCUACUUAUCAUCCUCUCAUGCUUCUGUCUAUGCAAGAGGAAAAACCACAGAACACUUGGCGUUGCCUCAAAAUACAAGAGUGGCGAAUACAACAACACUAUGAGUUCGGGUGGUCCCGCGACUGGCACGACUCACUACCUCACAGCCGAGACAAAAGCUAACAUGAAAACAUACUUCAGCGGGGACGAAUUGAUGUCGGAUUGCGAUCAAAACAUGACACCGAGCGACCGCCAGUUUCUUCAAACACGAAGCGAGUCCAUGGCGCAACUUCAGCAUAAUUUGACGUUAAACAGCAGAAAUUCAAUGACAGGUGCGCUUACUGGAUCUACAGGCGUUUCGGGGAGCAAUGUGAUUCUAGGAAUCAACCCUGCGACCGGCGCAGCUUUGACCUAUGACCCGAGAGCCUCUAUCUACUCGGGUGAUUUCGGGAUGUCAGCUGUAAUGGCGACUCCGAGUUCUAAUGCGGCACAGAGAGCGGGAUCGCAACACCAUUUGGCAUUUGGGUCGUACGGGAACCUUCAACACUCGGACCCUACCGAAAUCAACCCUUUGCUUCUGCGAUCCCUGAACAUGCAUGAACAAGCGAGCUACCCGAAUGAAUACUCAGCCGGACCACUAUACAACUUAGCCGAUGAUAUGAAUGGGCGAAACCACGCCGCAGUCGAAAGCGAGAGAUCCAACUCAUCAGAUGCGAGCGAGCACUGCAACGUCAUGACAAUUCAACCGCACGGAGCCGGGUCCACUUUUUCGACCAAUCAGAAAGCAGCAGACUUGUUAUUAUUGUCCAAUGAGCUGAUAGAAAGUGUGAGCAAUAAUGUACCCGCUACAAUGCCGAUGAAAGGAGUCGUGUAUAAAUACGAGACUCCGAACAUGCACAGUUUCCACAAAUUUCCUAAUAUGGAAGGAAUGAGUCACCAGCAACAAGCCGAUGACAGUGGAAUUGGCGAAUAUGUGGCGUCAGUUAACGAUCCCGAAGCACAAGCGAGUCACGGGGAUGACACAGGUACCGAGGCAGACGGGUCCCCCCUCUCAGACAGUUCCCUGGAGACCAGACUGGUGGCAGCUGAAAAGAGGAAGCAACACAACUCACAGACGCUUCACAGAAACAAACCAACUUCUAUUAGAGCUAAAUCACGCAGAGAAUCGUCGGCUGAUAUGCAGCAAAGCGCAUCCACCGGUAACUUCGGGUCAAUCGGGGGGUAUGCCACGAUGCGGACCUCCCGACUAGUACAGCCGCCGACUAACAGCACCAACCCCGUCGUCCCAUCCACGAUCGGUACCCAAAUGUUUUCACCUGCCCAUACCAAUGAUGUUUAUGGCAAUCAACCCCACGUGUCUACGAUGCCCCAUUCGCAGUCUAAUUACUUUGAGUUGCCUCCAAAUGGCGCUCAAAAUACAGUCGCCGCCCGGAGAACCCAGAGUGGAAGAAAUUCAAUGGACAGCAAUGCUAAAUGCGCAAGUAUGGACGUCUCGCAAAUUAUUUGGUCGCCCGCUAGGGUCAAGACAUAUAGACCUCGACGCGCAGAAUUGAUCGAGAUGACUCAACCUCUCUUUUACACCCCCGUCCAUGUCAAGUCGAAAGAAAUAGCACAAGUGGCGACGACAUUCCUGACGCCCGUUCACGUCUGGAACUCACAAGCGGCAGUGUCGAUGGUAGCGCCACCACCAGUGCCUCCACGAGACCCGAUCGGACAACGCGGAAGCACCACAGCCCUCAUGUUCGGCUCAACCGAACUCGCUUUCAACUCACAGCCCGUACUAACUAUGGGUCGCCUACCCAGAAGCCAUUCAACCACAGUAAACGGCAUGUUAGCCCAAAACAGACUGUUUUCUAACCCGAAUAUAAACGCAACGUGCAAUUGGCAAUACCAGACACAGCACGGAGAUCAAGUAGCUUUUAUCGACGUCAACCAAUUGGAGAGCAGUAUCGAAUUAGCCAAUCAGAACGCUGGAAACUUCAGCCAGUUCAAGUCAACUCCUGUCGCAAAAAUGAACAUGAAGAAAAACACUGUAAGAAGCAUAAAAAGGAAAAGUAGUUACUCAAUGAAAAACUUCGACCCAGGAGAAACGAACUCUUGAAAAAUUUUGACUUUUUGACAAUCAUUGAUGCUUAAAUGUGCCAUAUCGCAAUAAAAUAUCAAUUAGUUUAAUUUCAGGUAACUUUGCAGAACAAUUAGCAAUUUUUACGUUCAGGGUUCCUCA